AUGCUCGGAUACUUUAAGGAAAUCCUCGACAGUGCGCCGCGCGAGCCGCUAAAUUGGCGCCUUUAUUAUAUCAUAACAUGCUUUGGCUUCAUGGGAGUAGCCAGAGGUCUUGACGAAAGCCUAGUUGCCGCCAUGCUGAUUCAGAAGUCCUUCGUCCAUGAUUUUGGGUUGGAUUUGAUGAGUGCAAGCCGAAAAGCAGACGUCACUGGUAACAUCACGUCUAUCGUUCAGUUAGGAUCUCUUGCCGGUGCUCUCAUUGCGUUUAUCAUGGGCGAUGGCGUUGGCCGGCUGUGGAUUGCCCGUGAAAUGUGCACCAUGUGGCUCGUUGGCGUCAUCGUAUACAUGACGAGCGAUGGCCAAUUAGGAUGGCUGUACGUUGGUCGUUUCAUCCUUGGGAUAGGCCUCGGCCAGAUGUCCAUCGUCGCUCCAAUGUAUCUCGCGGAAUGCGCUGAAAAGUCAGUUAGAGGAUUUGCCGUAUCUCUUUUCGGAGCCACGGAGUAUUUCGGAAUGGUUUUGGGAUACUUUGCGAGUUAUGGAGCUGCUGUUCAUCUUCCCAACAGCUACUCCAAGCAAUGGGUUAUUCCGCAAGUCGUGCCCAUCAUUUUUGCAGCCAUAAUCCUCGCCCUCCUCGCUUACGCACCGGAGUCUCCACGGUAUUUGAUUAAUGUCGGAAAGGAAGAGCGCGCCGCAGAGGUUCUAUCAUGCCUCAGAGGCUUGCCAAUAGGCGAUCCCGCUCUUUCCGAUGAGCUCAGCGACAUCCGCGCACAACUCCAGCAAGAGAACUCAGUCAGGCUGAGCACACGCUCUGUCAGCGCCAUGAAGGAACUCGUCAGCGAGCCAGGUAACCGUUAUCGUCUCGUCGUUGCCAUUACUGCACAACUCCUCACACAAUGGUCCGGCGCAAGCAACAUCACGCUCUACGCCCCGGAAUUCUUCGCCAUCCUAGGAGUCCCCGGCCACAACCAAAAGUUGCUGUACACCGCGAUCCUCGGCAUCGUGAAGUUGGUCGCCUCACUUCUCUUUGCAAUUUUUGUUAUCGACCUUCUGGGCCGCAAGCGCAGCUUGAUGGCUGGAAUAUCUCUCCAGUUUGUCGGCAUGCUGUACAUCGCGGUGUUUCUGACCGUAGUGCCAUCCGCGACUGACGGCGCUGUGCACAGCCCUUCACAGCGACAUGCAAGCACCGCAGCCAUCGCGUUCAUUUACCUUUGCGGCACCGGCUACGCGAUCGGCUGGAAUUCGAUGCAGUACCUCGUUAACGCAGAAAUCUUUCCGCUCCGUGCUCGCGCGCUGGGCAUGUCCGGCGUCAUGGUCCUUCAUUUUGCGAACAGGUACGGAGCCAACAAGGCGCUUCCAGAGAUGCUGCUCGAUCGCGCGCUUCAGCCGCAUGGAACAUUCUAUUUCUUUGCUGCGGUCACUGCUCUUGGGCUGGCCUGGGUGUGGGGUUUCCUGCCGGAGUUGGCGGGGAAGAGCCUGGAAGAGACGGACGCGGUGUUUGAGCUGCCUUGGUACAAGAUUGGGCGAUACAGAAGCAGGUCUGAGAACAUGCCCGAUCGCGAAAAUGCGGCUUCUGUGAUGUCGAACAAAGAGCGUUCGGAAGACGCGACACGCGACACGGCGGUGGAUGUUUCACGAAGGAUGGACGACCGAGGCUGA